GGGUGGGGGGGAAAAAAAAAAAAAAAAUCCAAAUUUUUUUUUAUUUUUUAAAUUCUCUUUUUGGGAAACCCAAGAAUUCCCAUCGAAACAAAUAAAAUUUUCCUUCUGAUUUUCCUUGGAAUUUUGGGAUGUGAACCCCACCCAACCCCCUCAUUCCCAUCCCUUUUUUGGGAAAUAAAACAAUUUUCAGGGAUUGCUUUGAGUGCCAAAUUCCCUUUUUUUUUUUUUUUUAUUUUUUUUAUUUUUUUUCCCUCUCUUUUUUUUUUUUGUUUUUUUCUUUUCCCACGUUUUUAUUUUUUAUUUGAUUUGAUUUGAUUUUUAUUUAUUUUUUUUUUUUUUUCCAGGAUGGCAGACACUGAUCUUUUCAUGGAAUGUGAGGAGGAGGAGCUGGAGCCCUGGCAAAAAAUCAGCGACGUCAUCGAGGACUCCGUGGUGGAGGAUUACAAUUCCAUGGAAAAAAAUUCCACAGGUUCCCACCCCUCUGUCCAGCCCUCUGCCCAGUCGCUGCUGCUGACCCCGAGCGCUGCUCCCGGCCUGGGGGCGGUGGUGACCCAGCCGGUUCUGCGGCCGGUGCAGCUGAUGCAGAACGCCAACCACGGCAGCACGGCCCCUGCGGGCACCCAGCCCAUCUUCAUCACCACCCAGGGGUUCCCGGUGCGGAACGUCCGUCCCGUGCAGAGCCCCAUGAACCAGGUGGGGAUCGUGCUCAACGUGCAGCAGGGCCAGACUGUCAGACCCAUCACCCUGGUGCCAGCCCCAGGUGCCCAGUUUGUCAAGCCGGCCGUGGGAGUUCCCCAGGUGUUCUCUCCCGUGGCCCAGGUGAGGCCGGGCAGCGCCAACGCCUUCGCCACCGUGAUCCCGGCCACGCUGACCCUGCGCGGCACCGCGCCCCAGGCACAGGCACCCCAGCACAUGAGCAUCGCCAGCUUCGUCACCGUGAAGCGCCCGGGCGUUCCCGGCGAGGCCGGCGCCGGCGGCCCCGAGGUCGCCAAACUGGUGAACACGCUGGGCACGGUGCCCUCGGUGGCCCACGGGCCCUCCUCGGUGGCCCACGGCCCCUCCUCGGUGGCCCACGGCCCCUCCUCGGUGGCCGUGGCCAACAGCAGCCCCGGGGCCGGGCAGCGAGGCCCGGCCGGAGAGAGCUCGGCGGCGUCGGCGCCGCUCAAAGGCAGCUGCUCCCCCGUGCCCGGCCUGGAGCUGCAGGACGGGGGCAGGAAGGUGUGUCCCAGGUGCGAGUCCCAGUUCCGCGUCACCGAGGCGCUGCGGGGACACAUGUGUUACUGCUGCCCGGAGCUGGUGGAAUUCCUGAAGAAACGAAAAUCCCUGGAUUCUGACCCCUCCCCCGCCGGCACCGAGGCCCCCUCCCCCUGCCCCGCCCCUCCCCCGACGCCGACCCCGCCCAAAGCACCUGAGGCAGGUGAGGGCGUGGCCGACCCCGCCCAGGCCAAGCUGAUCAUGCUGGUGGAUGAGUUCUACUACGGCCGCGACGGGGGCAAGGGGGCGGCCGUGGCUCCCUGUCCCCGGGUCCCCACGUCCUUCCGCUGUCCCCACUGCACCAAACGGCUCAAGAACAACAUCCGGUUCAUGAACCACAUGAAGCACCACGUGGAGCUGGAGCAGCAGAACGGCGAGGUGGAUGUGCACAGCAUCUGCCAGCACUGCUACCGUCACUUCAGCACCCCCUUCCAGCUGCAGCUCCACCUGGAGAACGUGCACAGCCCCUACGAGUCCUCCACCAAGUGCAAGAUCUGUGAGUGGGCGUUCGAGAGCGAGCCGCUCUUCCUGCAGCACAUGAAGGACACCCACAAACCUGGGGAGAUGCCCUACGUGUGCCAGGUGUGCCAGUACCGCUCGUCCCUGUACUCGGAGGUGGAUUCCCACUUCCGCCUCAUCCACGAGGACACGCGGCACCUGCUGUGCCCCUACUGCCUCAAGGUGUUCAAGAACGGCAACGCCUUCCAGCAGCACUUCAUGAGGCACCAGAAGAAGAGCGUGUACCACUGUAACAAGUGCCGCCUGCAGUUCCUGUUUGCCAAGGACAAGAUCGAGCACAAGCUGCAGCACCACAAAACCUUCCGCAAGCCCAAGCAGCUCGAGGGGCUCAAACCCGGCACCAAGGUGACGAUCCGAGCGUCGCGGGCUCCGCCGCGACCGCUGCCCCUGGAGCCUCCGGCGGCGCCGGGAUCCUGCUCCGACCCCCAGCCCCUGUUCCUGUGCCACAGGAACUCCCCCCGCAGGGCCGGAAGGAAAACGUCAGAGCAGCUGAGGGCGGAGCUGCUCCAGGAACGGUCGAGCCGCCAGGACCUGGAAUGUGACAAAUCCUCCCUGGAGAGGCAGAACAAGGAGCUGCGCUCGCGGCUGGCGGCGCUGGAGGAGCAGCAGCGCCCCGGGAGCGGCCGCAAUUCCCAGCUGGAAUCGCAACUGGAGGAGCUGCGGGAGCAGCUGCAGGCUGAGGAGAGGGAGAAGAGCGCGCUGCUGUCGUGCAGCCGGAAGCUGGAGAGGAAGAUGAAGGAGCUGCAGCUGCAGAUGGACGAAGAGCGGCAGAGCAGCAGCGGCCAAAGGGACCAGCUGAACCUGCGGGUGAAGGCUCUGAAGCGGCAGCUGGACGAGGCCGAGGAGGAAAUCGAGCGCUUGGAAAAUUCCCGGAAAAAAUUCCAGAGGGAACUGGAGGAGCAGCAGGAACUGAACGAGCAGCUCCAGAGGAGCCUGAAAGCCAAGGAAAAGGAGGCCUGGCGCCGCGCCGCGGGAUCGGCGCCGCGGGAGGAGACUCCGAGCUCGGACGAGGAAUCGGGAUCGGCCUCCAUCGCCUCCCUGCUCGGCCAGGCCAGGCUGCAGGCCAGCUCCUGCUGAGAGCGCCGGGAAUUCCGGG